AGAUAAAACCUGUAGAAGAUAUGCAUAACACCACCUUUCAACUGCCUAGAGGGUUGGAGGCUGAUCCAAAAACAAUAAAAAUUACAGGUAAAAGAAAAGAAGCAAAAGAGAAGAUAAUAUGGCACUCAGAAUGUGGGCUUCUUCCACAGCCAAUGCACUAAGAAUCUCUGUUGCCUCCAAAGCUCGGCUUUCUCCAUACUCUUUCUCAAGAUGCUUCUCUGCUGUUAUUGAUGGACUUAAGUAUGCAACUUCACAUGAAUGGGUGAAGCAUGAAGGCUCGGUUGCUACCAUUGGCAUCACUGAUCAUGCUCAGGACCAUCUGGGAGAAGUUGUGUUUGUGGAUCUGCCAGAAGUUGGUACUUCAGCCACUCAAGGCAAGAGCUUUGGCGCAGUGGAGAGUGUGAAAGCUACCAGUGAUAUCAAUUCUCCCAUCUCCGGUGAGAUUGUUGAGGUUAACUCCAAGCUUAGUGAAUCACCUGGAGCGAUUAAUUCAAGUCCUUAUGAAGAAGGAUGGAUGAUCAAGGUGAAGCCAAGCAAUCCAUCGGAGUUAGAAUCCUUAUUGGGUCCAAAAGAAUACACAAAAUUCUGUGAGGAAGAAGAUGCUGCUCAUUAGAAUUUGAACAAGCUUGCAUAUUUUCUCUUGGACUAACUUGUUUUAGAACUAUUUGAAGUCCCAGUUCUUCCCUUUUAUGUUGUGCAUGUUUCUGCAACUUCGUAUAACUAAGAUAUGCAUAUAUGUUUAGUUAUAA